GUCACUGCAUGCAUGACAGCGAGUCGCUGGCGCCCUGCGUCGCCCGGCCGAUCACAGAGGGCUUCGCGCCUUCACCGACGUCUCUAUCACCAAGCCCCCGCCGUCAUCUGGCUCUCGUUCGAUCCGCACCACCAUGCUGUCGUCCGAGAAGCGCACAAAUUUGGCCGUCUUCUUGAAGGCACUCCGGGUGUCCGGCGUGUCGUGUUGUUGGGCUGGCACGAGGGAUGCGCCAUCGGACGCAUGGGAAGAUGAUGAAACCGACGACGAGAAGGGGCUGCUGCCGUCCUGGUCCAGGGAGCCCUCCUCUGGCGGGCAAGUGGAUGGACUCGCCGUCCUGGUCCAGGGAGCCCUCCUCUGGCGGGCAAGUGGAUGGACUCGCCUCGUCUGACUCGUCGAUUUCGCCCAUCCGAUCGUCCUCUUCCUGACCUUCGUCGUCGACGGUGGCCAGGGGGCGAUAGCUUUUCUGCUGUCUGAGCCGCAAGAAAAACCGCCAUAGAGGGUUGCUGCCGGAGGAAGGACUGGCCAUGGUGCCGGUGCUGUCAGCAGCAGCUGCAGCAUUGGGGUCCACGCGCAGCUGUGACUUUGUCCGCUUUGGCGGGAGUCGGAUGCUGACAUUGUCGGUGGUGCCGUCGCAUUCGGCGUCCUUGAUGGAUGUGGCGGCCAUCCUAUUGGCGGCCUCGUCAGCCACACGUGACCAGUCGGUCGAGAAGAUGAUGCCGAAGUAGAAGCCGAUUUGGAUCAUAAGAAUGAUGCCGAUGGCGAUCCACAGACCGAGGGCGGCCCACCGUAGCACAAAGGCCAUCCAAUACGACAGCGGCUGAACGACACACACACAUGACUUGUAUUCUACGGCACAUAUGUGCUCACACAUGACUGCGUGGCAGUACCUGCAGGACAACGUAGAAGAGCACCAGAUUCAGCGCCCCCGCCGGCCCCUGCUUGCUCAGGCCCCGCAGCACACCCGCGAGUGUGCCAUUGAGGCUAUCAAAUAUCUCGAAGAACGCUAGCGGCGCCAGCAGCGAUUGCACCACUGCCUGCACCUUGAUGUCUCCCGGGGGUGAGAGCACCAAGGAGAGGGUGUCCCGGUAGACAAACAGGCAGCUGCAGAUCACCGAGAACAGCAGCAGGUCCAAAGUCACAACCAACUGACACAGGCAGGCAGACAGGGGGACAGACACCAAUGAGCGGCCUUUUUCCUGGGGGGGUGCGCGUGUUGUGUGUGUGUGUGUGUGUGUGUGUGUGUUGCCCGCCCGACCCACCGCGAAGUACUUCUUGGCCUGUUUCACCCGGCGCCCGCCGACGGCGUUGCCGAUGGCGGUCGCCGCAGCCACGCCAAAGCCCGCCGGCGGCAUGUAACACAGAGCCGUCACGUUGUACGCCGCAACUGAAGAGGCCAGCAUGCAAAGAAGAAUACGCAUAGCAAACCACACACACAAAUGAGACAGACAAAGUGUGUGUCUUCCACCGGGCCCCACCCCACCCCACACACCGUACGUACGUACCGUGAGCGGCCAGCUGAGUUUUGCCGAGUGCUCCCGCUUCCAGUGCCAUGAUCUCGAAUGCCCACCAUUCAAGACACACCAAUGAUGCGGCGGGGAUCGACAGCCGCAGGUAGGCACACAUCUCGCGACGGUCGAAGGACGCCGCGCAGAAUGGGAUCCACGACUCGCCAGCCACACCAGACACCACAACGUAUAUCUGGAGGACGAUGAAAUUGAACACGUUGGAGAUGCAGGUGGCAAUGCCGGUGCCGACCGCCCCCUGGCCGCCACGGAUCACCAUCAGGUACACCAUCAGCACGUGGACGGGCAAAGUCAGCAAGGCAACCCACAGACCUGCACACACACAUCCAUCGAUCCAUCAGACACGCCACCAAGGUAUCUCUCGUGCAGCAAAUUUGCGCACUCACCAGGCUUGGUGUGCCCUUGCGCUUGCAGGAACCGUCUGGUCGCCUCGGCCUGUCCGUUAGCGAAGUAGGCAACUGUAUUCCAGUUCACUAUCGCCCCAGCGAUCGUGGCUAUGUGGUGGUCCUGGCCCAUCCACAGCAGCAGGUCCCUGCUGUAGGAAAGCAGAAUGGCAAGGGGAAUGAAGGCCAGCGAAAUGAUAAGUCGGGCACGGUGGAGAUAGAGCCCCACUAGUCGAGGCUGACUGGCGCCGUGGGCCUGUGAGCAAAGUGUGUCUAAUGCCCCCAGUAAGCCCAAUAUGAUGGACAGACAACAGGCGGUGCCUACAGGACAGGAGAGCACCAAACAGCGCACACAGGAAUGUCCGCCUGCCCUGUGCAGGUCAGGUGAGGUACCGAUAGUGUUUGCGAGGCCGAGGGCUCCCACCUGUGCGGCGUCCCCGUACCGCUCUACCACCAGCGCAUUGAUGAACAAAGCAGACAUAAACAGUAGAUUUGACGCAAUGCUCGGAAGAGCCAAAUGCCUGCCUGACGGACAGACAGACAGAAACAGAAACAAACGCAGCCCUCGGUCAUCGGGACUGAUUUCGAUACGGUUGCCUUUUGCUUACAUGAGCUCUUUUAGCUCAUCUAGCCAUGGCAGCUGGAAGGCCUUAACAGUAGCAACGUCACACCCGUCGCUCGGCUGCCCCUCAAUGUUGAUUGCUGCCAUGACACAAGACAAAACGGAUCAGAAAUGGCAGAAGGAAGGAACCGACGAGGGAGGAUGAAUUUCUUCAGAGGCGGGAGGCUGCUGGGAGGCUUGAC